CUCGGGGCGGGGACCCGCGAGGCCGUCGCGUCCUGCGCCGGGAACAAUGGGAGUGUGCGCGCUCGGCGCCCGGGCCGUGCUGCUCCUGGGGGCGCUGCAGGUGCUGGAGGUGCUGGGCACGGCCGCCGACCCGCCGGGAUCUUUGAACGUAACCAGUUCUGUGUCUCCACAGAACUCCAAUGGGACUACAACAGAGAGUAUCGUCCAACAUGUGACCUCCAACCACACCAGUCAAUUUAACAGUAGCACUGUGAACCCACCAACAACUCUAGUAUCAGUGGUGUUAAACAACGUAACAACUGUCGCUGUGAAACCUACAACCAUUUCUAAAAUGUCAACACCAGGAGUCUCAACAAAUAUGACUUCUACUGCCUUAAAAUCUACACCCAACGCCACAAGUGUUUCACCAAAUGUGACCCAGACAUCAACAUCCUUGGUAACCACAGCCCACAACAGUUUACUGACAUCUCUAACAACAGCUAUUCACUCUAAGGAAAGUAAAGGAUCAAAAUUUGACACAGGCAGCUUUGUUGGUGGCAUUGUACUAACACUGGGAGUUUUAUCUAUCCUUUAUGUUGGAUGCAAAGUGUAUUAUUCAAGAAGAGGCAUUCGGUAUAGAAGCAUUGAUGAACAUGAUGCCAUUAUUUGAAGAAAUCAGUGACCAAGAAAUGAAGAAAGACUGCAGUCCUUUUGGUUUAUUAGUUUAAAAUAAUAUUUUCUUAAAUAGUAUAAGUAAGCCAUGCAUAAAAUGAAUAAUGCAUUACAUUACAUAAGUACAUGAAACUUCCUCAUCAUUACUAAAGGUAAAAAGGACUUUGUUUGGGUGUUUAAAUGAAUAAUUAAAGCUAAAGGUAAUUUACAUAAUGAUUAAAGUACAAAACAAGACCAGUUAAGAAAAAUUCUCCCUCCUUCCUCCUUGAUUUUUUUUUUUUUUUUUGGUAGCACUGGUUGGUCACAUAGUUGCAAUAUUUUAAAGACAUCAUCACUGAAAAACUGGACAUUAUCUGGGUGCACAUUAAGGAGCUUGUCACAUUGUCACAACACUUGGAAUUUUCAGAACUGGAUAUAUCCUAAUUACUAAUAUCACGCAACAGAAAUUACACAUGUGAGUAAACCAGGUCUUAAACACAGCUUAAGAAAGCAUCAACAUUAUGUUUUAAAGUAGUUAGUACUUGGUCUAGAAGCAGAGUAUACAUUCCAGAAACUACUGUCUAUGAAUAAAUCCUGAAUGAAACCUGUGCUUCACUGCAUUAGAUGUCCACAGAGCUCUGGGAGAGCUGUCUGCUGCUUCUAAGCUGUCAUUGUUAGUUGACUUUUCUACUAUACUUCAGGCAAACUGCAGUACUCCCCUGUGUUAAAGACUACUAUGUAGGGGAACUGGCAGUUAGAUUAUUUGCUACUGUGAACACACUGUCACCACUGGAUGUUUGUCCUAUUUCAUAUUAACUUACCAAUUUUAAUUUUAUAUUUACUGUAUUUUUUAAGAAAUAUAGAGUUGUUUUCCAUAUUUAGAAAUUUUUAAUGGAAUAUAAAAACAUGUAACUUUUUAAGCCCUGUUACAUGAUUUCCAAAAUAAUAUUUAGAAGUUUAUGUUCUCAAAACUAGAUUAAUGCUGUAUUCAUUAAACCAGGGACUAUGAUAUUCUCCACAGGCCACUAAACCUGCAGGAUGAAAAUGCUGCCUUUUUGUACACUGUCAACUUAGAAGUCUGGGGAAAUGACAUUUUUAUACUAAGAAAUUAUUGUAUUUUGAAAUAAAUUAUUUUAGACAGAAAAUUAUUUGGGUAUUCCCCUAGAUCGCUACCCUGCCCCACUGAUUAACUUUCAGAUGCACUAUGUAUAAGAAAAAGCACAAUUUAGAGAAACUCCCACAUUAGCCAGUAUAUUCUGGAAUGUUUUUAGUUUUAUGAUUUAUACUCUAGCACUCAAACUCAGGGUCAGGCUUUAACAAAAGAGGCAUUUAGUCAUUAAAUAGUAAGAUAUUUCUAUCUUAAUGGGCCAAAGUAAAUACACCAAUUUUUGAAAGUUCAAAAAUGAGCCAAAAUGCCCUAAUGAACAUGCAUUCAUAUUUAGUAGUUAUAAAAUGUAAUGACCAGCUUUUGGAUUUACAGAAAAUGUCAGCUAUCAAUAGCUUUGAUUUAAAAGGCUCAUUUCUACAUAAUGUAUAUUAUGGCCAAUUGAUAAUAAACAAUGUCAUGCACAGAUGCGUGUGAUACAUGGUGUGGAAGGAUCUAUAUGAAACGGGAUUAGUGUGACACAUGGGCUGGUGGGUUGUGUGUAACAUGUGGGCAGCGUGGAAGGGGCUUUAUGAGGUGGAUAGAUAAGCACAGCUUGCAGGUGGUAUGGAAGAGUCUUCAUGAGACAGAGCUAGGUCAGUGUGGGUCAGUGGCUAAGCUGUGUGCUACUGCUUGUGCAGCCACUACUUUCAUUUCUUUGCCAAAUGUAGUUAAGACAGACAUUACAGGGAUGAGGGCCUUUAAACUUGUGUCUGUUCCAUUCUAGUGACUUUAGUACAAGCUUUGAAUGCUUAUUCGUUUAGCACUUUGAAAAUAGAAGCCACUUGUAAAGAUCCCUGUUGUGGGGAGGGAAAAGGGUAGAAAUAAUGUAGUUAUAUCUUUUCUGAUUUGCUAGCUUCAAAUACCAGUAGUCUCAAUGUAGUUUUGUUGUUUUUAUUUCAAUCUGCAAAAUUAUAAGAGAACAGUAAUACAAACCAAUUACUUUGGAACACAUUUCCUAAUUGUACAUUUAUCUUCCUAAUUACAUUUACUUAAGCAUACGUUCAAUUUUUCUAGCAUUCCUUAAAAAUGUAUUUAUUGAAAAUAAAACAGUACAGAUGCAUGUCUAAAAUCAGGCAGAAGCCAUUCUGUGGCUUUAAAAUGUCUUUGGGUAAUACAUAAAAAGAAUAAUUCAAAUGUAGGUAAAUGAGAGUGAAAGUAUAUUGUGUAUAAUUUUGUAUCUUCAGGAAAAAAAACAAAGUCCUGUUACUUUUUUUUCUAUUACAAUGACUAGAUUUUGGUAUUUCAUUGUUACUGAGUUCUAUUUUUAGAAUAAAAUUUGUUCUCUUU